AUGGGAGAUGGCUUAUCCAGCUUUUGGGGUCCUGUCACAUCCAAAGAUUGGUGUGAGCAAAAUUAUGUCUACUCUUCUUACAUUGCCGAGUUCUUCAACACUAUAUCGAAUAUCCCCGGCAUCUUGUUGGCACUCAUUGGCCUUAUCAAUGCUUUGAGGCAACGCUUUGAGAAGAGAUUUAGCGUUCUUCACAUCUCCAAUAUGAUACUUGCUAUUGGGAGCAUGCUUUACCAUGCCACUUUGCAGCGUCUGCAGCAGCAAGGCGAUGAAACACCAAUGGUAUGGGAAAUGCUUUUAUAUAUCUACAUCCUUUACUCACCGGAUUGGCACUAUCGUAGCACAAUGCCCACCUUCUUGUUUCUAUAUGGCGCUGUAUUUGCUGUAUCCCAUUCGCUUGUACGAUUUAGAAUUGGCUUUAAGGUACACUAUGUGAUACUCUGUCUUCUCUGCAUUCCUCGAAUGUACAAGUACUACAUCCACACAAAAGAUGUAAAUGCCAAGUGGCUUGCAAAGUUGUAUCUGGGCACCAUAUCCCUAGGGGUUCUUUGUUGGCUUUUGGAUCGCGUCUUGUGCAGGGAAGUCUGUGGCUGGUACGUUAACCCACAAGGUCAUGCUUUGUGGCACGUCUUUAUGGGGUUUAAUUCUUAUUUUGCAAACACAUUUUUAAUGUUCUGUCGUGCUGAGCAAUUGGGAUGGAAUCCAGCAGUAAUCCACUUAAUGGGGUUCUUCCCUUAUGUGAAGAUUCAAAAACCAAAGACUCAGUGA